AUGUCGCAUCGAGAUAAACUCUCCCACCAUCAUCAUCAUCGAAAUGACAGUGAGGAUUCAUUGAUCGAGGCAUUUGAAACAACCUUGACAAUCAAACCCAGCACCACAGAAUACGAAGAUAAUGACAUUUCCAUCGAUCACACUGUAUUACCCAACUCUACCGUAAACUAUACUCGAGACACUACGAGUAUGGUUGACAUUGAAGAGUUAGAGGAGAACGAACAAUUUUCAGAGCAAAUACCCAAAUUCAAGACCAAUAGAAGGUACAGCUUGCUCCCCACCAAAACGGCAUUUAAAAAAACCGGAUCACCUGGACUAGAAGAGUACUAUGUUCAGCAAAAACUCGACCCCAAAUUUCAUGACAUUUUAAAACCCAGCAUACUAAUUGAUGAAAAAUUGAUCAAAUAUCACCACACAUUUAGUGAUUUCAUAGCAUCAAAUCCCCACAUCAACAAAGAGUCUCCUCGAUUUCAACACAAUUCCGAAAAGACGUUGGUUAUUUUAUCACCAUAUAGUCCUGAACACGCAUUUGGUAGAAAAUGGGUGACAAAGUCGUACUUGUCGACAAUUUUCGAACGGCCACAACGAUUACUAGCAAGUUGCAUUGGUGUUGCUUCAGCGAUUACAAUGUACCCUUUUUAUUACAAACUAGUCAACUCUACAAAGAGAAGCUCCAUUUUUGCUUCACAUGUACGAAAAAUUCAUGGAAAGAAUUGGCCCAAGAAGCUAUUUGAGCUCUGUUUGGAGAGUCAUGACAAGUUGAAUAAUGAUGAAAUCGAGGUUCCAGAGGAUUGGAAUACAGGAGAUAUAUAUCUUACACCAAAGACGAUAAAUGCGAUAGAGGGGGUAAUUGGGACUAUUGAAACAGCAGUGGAUAGUUUGUUUAAGAACAAAUCAACUUCUUCUCAAGCAAGUAUUGGUUCAAGUAGCAGAAACAACCAUGAUUUGGCAUUUGUGGUGAUUCGACCACCGGGGCACCAUAGUCACGCUUGUCUACCUAGCGGGUUCUGUUUAUUAAACAAUGUACAGAUUGGAAUCGAAUACGCAUUUGAAACGUAUGGAGUGACCCACUGUGCCAUUUUGGACAUCGAUUUGCAUCAUGGAGACGGAUCGCAAGAUAUUUGUUGGGAAAGGGCCGGGUUUACUGGAGAUUAUGGACAACAAGCUGAAGAUGAAGUCGACGAUCCAUCUUUGAACCCGCGCGACGAAUAUGGCAAAAGAUUCGCCACGUUCCCUAAAGUAGGGUAUUUCUCGCUUCAUGAUAUAAAAUCCUAUCCGACGGAAUUGGGAUUUGCGACAAAGGAAAAUAUCAAGAAUGCAUCAACAUGUAUCAUGGAUCACGAUUUAAAUAUUUGGAAUGUGCAUUUACAAAAUUGGAAGACUGAAGAUGAAUUUUAUAAACACUAUCAAACUAAAUACGUGGCGAUUUUAAACCGAGCCAAUCAGUUUUUAAAUAAUGCCAAGAAACAGCAUGAUCAAGAGUGUGAGGAGUAUUUGACGCAGUUAGCCAAGUACAACAAGUACUUGUUAAAGCCACAUCUAUACCCAAACCAAAAACCCGAGAAACCAACACCACCUCCAGCAUACAAACCUUUAAUCAUAAUAUCUGCUGGAUUUGAUGCAUCUGAGUAUGAAGAUCCACAAAUGCAGCGACAUGGAAUAAAUGUACCAACAUCAUUUUAUGCCACAUUUACUAAAGAUGUGGUGAAGUUGGCAAAAAUACACACCGAAGGGAAAGUCAUUUCAUUUCUUGAGGGUGGUUAUAGUGACGGGGCAUUAACAACAGGCAUUUUCUCCCAUCUUAUUGGAUUAAACAAUGACGAUGAUCUUUUGUGGAAUCAUACCUGGGGAUCAGAGCAAGUAGUCAAGGAAUUGGUUAAAGGAUGCAAGAAAAAUUGGACGCCUUAUAAGAACCCCAAAAGCGAAAUCACAAUCUGGGCCAAUGAGGUUAUCAAAUUGGGACGAUCCAUGAUGCCCAAUGCUAUCUUACCCGCAAAUCACAUAUACAGGGAUCAGUCAAAGGAACCAGAUGUUGUUAACGGCAAGCCGAUAAAUCGAAUGGUGAAAGAUCUUAUGGAUGGCGGAGGAGUGGGGAUCAUCGACACUCCCAAGAUUAAAAGAGCUGAAGAUCGCGAAGAAUUAAAAAAACCAGUUAGACACACUAGGUCCUACUAUAAGACAGUAUGA